AUGGCUGGUCCAGACGAAGAAGAUAGGACUCGUGAAGAUGAGGAACCAAUCACUUUUAGAGAAUUUGAUGUUGUAGUUGUUCCAUACUUCAUGGGGAGUGACUGCAUCGAAGGCUUUCUCCAAUGGGUUGCAGAUGUGGAGGAAAUCUUUGAUUCAAUAGCGAUCCCAGAAGAGAAUAUGAUGAAAAUUGUGGCGUCCUGUUUAGAAGAUGAAGUCGCUUCUUGGUGGGAUCAUAUGUGA